CCCACCAGUGCCCCCCAGCAGUGCCUCCCAGCAGUGCCACCCAUCAGUGCCCCAGCAGUGACACCCAUCAGUGCAACCCAUCAGUGCUGCCUAUCAGUGCCCAGCGGUGCCUCCAUCAGGGCUGCCUGUCAGUGUCGCCCAUCAGUGCCACAUAUCAGUGCCGCCUAUCAGGGACCAUCAGUGCCACCUAUCAGUGCAUCCUCAUCAAUGCCCACCAGUGCCGCCUCAUCAGUGCCACCUCAUCAGUGCAGCCUAUCAGUGCCCAUCAGUGCUGCCUAUCCAUGCCACCUCAUCAGUGCCCAUCACUGCUGCCUAUCAGCGCAGCCUCAUCAAAGCACAUCAGUG